AUGCAAUAUCCUCAGUACAGUUACCCCACGGCUGGUGGCCUCGAGGUUACGCCGCCAUACUAUUCAGUACCGCCACCUCUAACAAACGAGCGCUUGUACACCUAUCACUCAGAAUCCAAACAUGUCCCGCAACCCGAAACCUACUUUGAUUCUCAUGAACAUCCUUCAGCCCUUGAGCCACUUCAAAUCAGCGAGCAAUCCGUGCUGUCCUCUUAUGAUACCUCAUACGAUUCAAUACUACCAUCACUGAGCUCCUCCAAACCAGGAACCUCUUCGCAUACAUAUCACAUCGACACCAUGGACGCCGGGUCGUCUACUGAAGUACACCUACCAUAUGGCAUCCAUUACGCCCCCUCUUCCUCGCAUGUGCAAUACCUUCACACUCCCCAAGCCCAAGCGUCCUCUCCAAUUAUCCACGUGCAGGAGCCUGAGGUCAUUGAAAAAUUGCCAUCCACUGGCAGCUCUUCUUCCGACAAUACCCAAAAUUUGAAACCCAAAGGAAGCACAUCCGGGCGAAGAAGGCCCUGGCAAGGCACUCUACAAUUCUCGGCUUCCGGCCGCCCACGCAGCAAACCCAUGUCGCAGGUCAUGUCUAGCGGCCUUCUCGAUCCUGUGACGGGUGUCCUCCAGACAGGCGAUGCACUGGCUGCUAGCUUUUCUGUAGCGGAAAAGGUCAAGAAGACGUACCCUUGCCGUGAAGAAGGUUGCGGAAAAAUCUUUUCAAGAAUGUUUAACUUAAAGUCACACAUGCUUACUCACACCGGCGCUCGCCCGUUUCCUUGCGACCACUGCGAUCUCACCUUCCGACGAAAACAUGAUCUCAUCCGACAUACCAGAAGUCUACAUUCCGAUACAAAGCCCUUCAGCUGUCCUAUUUGUCACCAGGUCUUUGCCCGGACGGAUGCCCUCAAACGACACAUGUUGGUGGAAGAAAAGAACGCCAUGGAGCUUUCGGCAAGUCCCCCUCGAGCCGGGACAGGGCAUCAGGCAAAUUCCAAACCUCCCCCUGCCCGACAAUCCCCCUCAUUUGGCACUGACUAGCCCGAACUGCUGCUUGAAUGUCUUUGUAUAAAGUACUUUAUGUGUUUUGACCUCGUGUAGUUAUUAGAAACCAUAUAAAUAAUGGCAAUUGUGCGCAAAGAGGAUUGUUCUCCUUGCGAUAUUGCAGUCAGCAGGCAAAUUGGGCAACAGUAGUGGAAUCAAGAUCCCUU